AUGCCCUCCAACAGCUACCCACAACAUCCCUCCCACGUCUCAGUGCCCCUACAACAACAUCCCUCCCAGUGUCUCAGUGCCCCUCCCACAACAUCCCUCCCACAGCGUCUCAGUGCCCCUCCCACAUCCCUCCCACAACAUCCCUUCCACAACGUCACAGUUUUGUGCAAUGGCCUCCAACAGCUACCCACAACAUCCCUCCCACGUCUCAGUGCCCCUACAACAACAUCCCUCCCAGUGUCUCAGUGCCCCUACCACAACAUCCCUCCCACAGUGUCUCAGUGCCCCUACAACAACAUCCCUCCCACAGUGUCUCAGUGCCCCUACAACAACAUCCCUCCCACAACGUCACAGUUUUGUACAAUGCCCUCCAACAGCUACCCACAACAUCCCUCCCACGUCUCAUGUGUGCCCUACAACAACAUCCCUCCCACAGUGUGCCCCUACCACAACAUCCCUCCAACAGUGUACAACAUCCCUCCCACAGUGUCUCAGUGCCCCCUACAACAACAUCCUUCCCCACAGUGUCUCAGUGCCCCUCUCUCCCACAACGCCUCCCAGUGCACCUCCCACAACAUCCCUCCCACAGUGUCUCAGUGCCCUCCCACAACAUCCUUCCCACAGCCCCUCCCACACAACAUCCCCUCCCACAGUGUCUCAGUGCCCCUCCCACAACAUCCUUCUCCAACAGUGUCUCAGUGCCCCCUCCCACAGUGUCUCAGUGCCCACAGUGUCAGUGCUCCCACAACAUCCCUCCCCACAGUGUCUCAGUGCCCUCCCACAUCCUUCCCAGUGUCUCAGUGCCCCUCCCACAACAUCCCUCCCAGUGUCUCCCUCAACACAACAUCCCUCCCACAGUGUCUCAUGUCUCAGUGCCCCUCCCACAACAUCCUCUCCCAGUGUCUCAGUGUCUCAGUGCCCUCCCACAACAUCCUCCCACAGUCUCAGUCUCAGUGCCCCUCCCACAACAUCCCUCCCACAGUGUCUCAGUGUGCUCCCCCAACAUCCCUCCCACAGUGUCUCAGUGCCCUCCCACAACAUCCUCUCACAGCUGUCUCAGUGCCCCUCCCACAACAUCCCUCCCAGUGUGUCCUCAGUGCUCCUCCCACAACAUCCUCCCACAGCGUCUCUCCCUCCCACAGUGCUCCCUCCCACAACAUCCCUCCCACAUGUCUCAGUGCCCCUCCCACAACAUCCCUCUCCUCAGUGCCCUCCCACAACAUCCCUCCCACAGCGUCUCAGUGCCCCUCCCACAACAUCCCUCCCACAGUGUCUCAGUGCCCCUCCCACAACAUCCCUCCCACAGCAUCCUCAGUGCCCCCUCCCACAACAUCCCUCUCACAGCGUCUCAGUGCCCUCCCACAACAUCCUCCCACAGUGUCUCAGUGCCCCUCCCACAACAUCCCUCCUCACAGCGUCUCAGUGCCCCUCCCACAACAUCCCUCCCACAUGUCUCAGUGCCCCUCCCACAACAUCCCUCCCACAGCAUCCCUCCCACAGUGCCUCAGUGCCCUCUCACAACAGUUUCAGUGCCCUCCCACAGCUCUCAGUGCCCCUCCCACAACAUCCCUCUCACAGUGUCUCAGUGCCCCUCCCACAGUGUCUCAGUGCCCCUCCCACAACAUCCCUCCCACACAGCGUCUCAUGUCUCAGUGCCCCUCCCACAACAUCCCUCCCACAGCGUCUCAGUGCCUCCCACAGCAUCCCUCCAGCGCCUGCCCCACAACAUCCCCCACAGCGCCUCAGUGCCCCUCCCACAACAUCCCUCUCACAGUGUCUCAGUGCCCUCCCACAGUGUCUCAGUGCCCCUCCCACAACAUCCCUCCUCUCACAGUGCCCCUCAGUGCCCUCCCACAGUGUCUCAUGUCUCAGUGCCCCUCCCACAACAUCCCUCCCACAGUGUCAUCCCUCUCACAGCGUUUCAGUGCCCCUCCCACAACAUCCCUCACAGAGUCUCAGUGCCCCUCCCACAACAUCCCUCCCACAGCGUCUUGUUAUCUGUCAGCUUUGCUGCAGACCUAA